GUAGCGUUUCAAACCUCGAAGUACCGAGUGGACCCGUUUAAUUGCCCACAACUCUUACAGAUGUUGUGACAACGCUCAGCGUGAACGUUUUCCACCUUGAUUAGCCAAACUUUUUAGCUUGGCUGCGCGUAGAUGUUAGCAAGCCUGCGUAUGUAGCGUGUAAAUAUCAUAAACUAACAACACGAAGUGGGAAAAGUAUAAGCAUCUUUCAGACGGACGUUGUGGGGACCUUAAAUAAUGGCUAUUUGUGUUUAUUUUCAGUGGUUGUUUGUUUACAUGCUAGCGGUUAGUGGAUAAAACCUGCUGCUAGCUUGUUAGCUGGGAGAUGGGAGAGCGCUAAAGAAGCGCGUGUUUUCUAUACCCAGAACUAAUUUACCAGGCGGAGUCAUCUCAUUAGACCGGUUUCAAACUUCUCAGUAAACUGCCGUUACUAUUAAAAAUACAUAUCUUAAUCGCAUUUUCCUAUAACAACUUAGAAAAUAUAAACGCAAUUAAAGUAGCUUUUAUACUAAUACCAACUGAUCAUAGGUAACAAAUGUUGUCAGCACACAUGGAGAAGGAGGAAGGAGCUGGUGUUCACAUCUUGACCUAGGCUGAUUUCACACAUGGGGAACGAAAAAUACAGAUUUUUAUUUCCUGAGGGAACUAAAGCUUACCUGCCUGUCUUCAUCACCUGUUCUCUGCAACUUUACUCAUUCAGCGACCUGGAAGAAAUCAACCCCUUCUCAGCCACUCAUCUGUAUCUGUUACCUUUUUGGAUAUAUGAAUGUGGGCGUGGCUCACAGCGAGGUGAACCCCAACACACGGGUGAUGAACAGCAGGGGAAUAUGGCUGACAUACCUUCUGUUGACCGUCAUCCUGCACGUCGUCCUGCUCAGCAUUCCUUUCUUUUCGGUGCCGCUGGUCUGGACCCUCACCAACGUCAUCCACAACCUGGCGAUGUACCUGUUCCUGCACACGGUAAAGGGAACUCCUUUUGAAACGCCAGACCAAGGCAAAGCCCGUAUGCUCACACACUGGGAACAGAUGGACUAUGGCGUCCAAUUCACGUCAUCACGCAAAUUCCUCACCAUCUCACCCAUUGUUCUGUAUAUUCUUGCUAGUUUCUACACAAAGUAUGAUCCUACACAUUUCUUCAUCAACACUUGUUCCCUCCUAACGGUCCUCCUACCAAAGCUGCCCCAGUUUCACGGAGUACGGGUAUUUGGCAUCAACAAAUAUUGAUGUAACAAAAACUGGAAUUGAACCUCCAAGACUGGACUUGUAGUUUUCUGUUCCCGAUGGACCUUUUUCAGCAUAGAGGCUGAGGAGGAAAGAAAAUCUGUGGAGUUUUUCCGAUGGCUGCAGCCUGAAGAAGAAGCUGGCAUUCCCGAUGUUGAAUCAAAAAUUCACACUCGUUUUUGAAAAGGAGCAAACUUUUAACUGCACUGCUUUCAGUUGUGAUGCUUAUUCACCUUUUUGUUCUGCACUGGCUGCUUGUUUCAGGUCCUUGCCAUAACCGUGAAUCAGUCUUUUUAUUGGUUGUAGCAGUUUUUUUUACUUAUGCAUUUACACGACUGCAAUAAACGUUUUGUCAUGAUAAUAAAGCACCAGGCUGAUCAACUGCAAA